CCUACAACAUGCAUACCUAUCUCCUAAUCGUGCCUUUAACUAUUACACUAUUGUUUUCACUCAGGCGAGCCAGGCUUACUUAUUGCACCCAUUACAACAGAACGGCCCUUCUAUGGCUACAAGGGGAAGAAGGAGGUGUCCGAAAAAAAGAUCCUACGGAAUGUCUUCAAGGAAGGUGACGCGUACUUCAACACGGGUGACUUGAUGAGAGUUGACAAAGACUACUACGUGUACUUCGUCGACAGGCUAGGCGAUACCUUCAGGUGGAAGGGAGAAAACGUUGCCACGACUGAGGUCAGUCAAGCCAUAACCGAGAUCGAAGGAGUCCAAGAGGCCAACGUGUAUGGGGUGAAAGUACCCGGUCACGAAGGUCGAGCUGGAAUGGCCGCCAUUGUUCUACAUCCGGAACAUCAGCCGAACUUCCAGAAGUGGUACGCCCACCUGGCGUCCCGCCUGCCAUCCUACGCCAGACCGCUAGUCCUCCGACUCACCAAGGAAAUGGAGAUCACCGGGACCUUCAAACAGAAGAAGGCAGGUUUGGUGAAGGAAGGAUUCGAUCCCUCUGUUGUCAGUGAUCCAAUGUAUUUCAGAGACGACUCUAAGAAGUCGUUCGUUCCACUAGACACUGAGGUUUUCAAGAAAAUUACACUGGGCAGUGCCAAGCUUUAAGCUAACUUUGUGCAGGCUCAUGUCUAGAUGUGACUAAUGAUCGAUAUUCAGUUGUACGUCUUUGGACAGAUAGUGUAAUGGGCACUGGAUCGAUUAUUUGCACGUUUCGCAAAGAGAUCAUCACUUUUACAUAAAACUAGUAAUACAAGAUCUUCAAUCUUCAA